CCGCCGGCGGACCGGGAAGUAGCUAAAGUUUGGGCGAUGGCGAUUCUGGAGGCCUCGCUCCGGGGCCGACCGGAGGCUACGGUCCCCCCGCGAUAGACCGAACCUGAGCGGCCGGCUCUAGGGCCCCGAGGUGAAGAGCGUUGGGGACUGUACUGGGAUGGAGGGGUCCAAGACGCCCAGCAGCACCAUGCAGGUGAGCUUCGUGUGCCAGCGCUGCAGCCAGCCCCUCAAGCUGGACACGAGCUUCAAGAUCCUGGACCGGGUCACCAUCCAGGAGCUCACAGCUCCAUUACUUGCCACAGCCCAGGUCAAACCAGGAGACACCCAGGAGGAAGAGGCUAACUCAGGAGAGGAAGCAUUUAUUGAAACUCGCCAGGAUGGUGUGUCUCGCAGAUUCAUCCCCCCAGCCAGGAUGAUGUCUACAGAAAGUGCCAACAGCUUCACUCUGAUCGGGGAGGCGUCCGACGGCGGCACCAUGGAGAACCUCAGCCGAAGACUGAAGGUCACUGGGGACCUUUUUGACAUCAUGUCGGGCCAGACAGACGUGGAUCACCCACUGUGUGAGGAAUGCACGGAUACUCUGCUAGACCAGCUGGACACUCAGCUCCAUGUCACAGAAAACGAGUGUCAGAACUACAAGCGCUGUUUGGAGAUCUUGGAGCAGAUGAACGAGGAUGACAGUGAGCAGCUGCAGCAGGAGCUGAGGGAGCUGGCCCUGGAGGAGGAAAGGCUGAUCCAGGAACUGGAAGAUGUGGAGAAGAACCGCAGAACGGUGGCAGAAAACCUGGAGAAGGUCCAGGCUGAGGCUGAGCGGCUGGAUCAGGAGGAAGCUCAGUAUCAGAGAGAAUACAGUGAAUUUAAACGACAACAGCUGGAGCUGGACGACGAGCUGAAAAGUGUGGAAAACCAGAUGCGUUAUGCCCAGAUGCAGCUGGACAAGCUGAAGAAGACCAAUGUCUUCAACGCGACCUUCCAUAUCUGGCACAGUGGACAAUUUGGCACAAUCAAUAACUUCAGGCUGGGCCGCCUGCCCAGUGUUCCUGUGGAAUGGAAUGAGAUUAAUGCUGCUUGGGGCCAGACGGUGUUGCUGCUUCAUGCCCUGGCCAAUAAGAUGGGUCUGAAAUUUCAGAGGUAUCGACUGGUGCCCUAUGGAAACCACUCGUAUCUGGAGUCUCUGACAGACAAAUCGAAGGAGCUGCCAUUAUACUGUUCUGGGGGGUUGCGAUUUUUCUGGGACAACAAGUUUGACCAUGCAAUGGUGGCUUUCCUGGACUGUGUGCAGCAGUUUAAAGAAGAGGUUGAAAAGGGCGAGACACGUUUUUGUCUUCCAUACAGGAUGGAUGUGGAGAAAGGCAAGAUUGAAGACACAGGAGGCAGUGGCGGCUCCUAUUCCAUCAAAACCCAGUUCAAUUCUGAGGAACAGUGGACGAAAGCUCUCAAGUUCAUGCUGACAAACCUCAAGUGGGGUCUUGCUUGGGUAUCCUCACAAUUUUAUAACAAAUGACUUUUUCCUUAGGGGAUGUUUGCCUUAAAGGCUUUAAAAUGUGUUUUGUUUGCAGAAAGUUCAAAUUUGGGUAACAUUAAACAGCAUAUGUUUACAAUACCAAAAAAGAAAAUCCACAAAAGCCACUUUAUUUUCAAGUGUCAUAUGACAGUCUCCAGAGCUACCACAUGCCAUGUGCAGCACCGACCUUGUCACAGUUUUGACUCUUACCCCAUGCCUGCCUCUCCCUCUCUCCCCUGAAAACAACUAAUUUAAUUUUGUGAUUUUUUUUUUUAAACUGAGUUGAACUGAGAUUGACGUGUUCUCACUGGACUUUAGCUCUCUCGACUUCCUGCACUUAAAAUACGAAAUAGAAACUUUUGUCUCCACUGAGAGACACGUUGGAGGCACACAGUUGGAUAACGUGGGGAUAUGACACCUAAGCUUUGACUGGUCACCGUGGAUGUGCUCAGAUGCUGAAACUGAACACUUCUCCCUCAGUUCUAGUCCUGAAUGUCUACUCUGCUCCGUGUUAGCGAUAUGAAGUGGUGUUUGAUACUGUUUGAGACGUUAUUGAGAGAUUUAAUUAUUUGUAAUAAAAGAUUUGCUACAGGCUGAUAACUGCUCA